AUGUCAGAAUCUGUUGCCGAGACGCGGCCUGCCGACGAAGGCACGUCCACUCCCGCCGUCACCGAAGGCACCCCGGCCGUCACGGAAGACGCCGCGACGCCCAUCUCUCGCGACGAGGACCCCAAGUCCAGAAGGGUGUCUCUUGCCGACCUGAGCGCCAAGGGCACCGCGCUGUACGCCCACAAGCAGUACGAAGACGCCGCCGAGAUCUUUUCCCGCGCCAGCGUGUUGCAGGCCGAACUGAACGGCGAGACGGCCCCAGAGAACGCCGAGAUCCUGUUCCACUACGGCCGCAGCCUGUUCAAGGUCGGCCAAAGCAAGAGCGACGUGCUCGGCGGCUCCGCCGCGCCUGACAGGCAGAAUGCUGCCACCGCCGCCGGCAGCUCGAGACCAGCUGCGCCCGCGGAGACGGGAGCCCAAAAGGUGACGCGAGAAUGCGUCGCCGACACUGCUGGUGCUGGUGCGCAGGCUGUCGACGCCCCCGAGGACAAGGACGGCGACAGGGCCAAGGAGGGUGCACCCGACGAGAAGAAGCCGCUGUUCCAAUUUACCGGCGAUGAGAACUUUGACGACUCAUCCGACGAAGAGCCGCAAGAAGAAGCACCCGAGGAAGAAGACGACGACCUGGCCACGGCCUUUGAAAUCCUGGAUCUCGCCCGCGUCUGCUACCAAAAGCAACUGGAGCAAUUGGAAAAGGACGACGAGGCCGGCAAGGGGAAGGAAGCUGCCCAAGAUUCCCCAUCGGUCCGGCACAUCAAAGAGCGCCUUGCCGACACGCAUGACUGUCUGGCCGAAAUCUCCCUCGAAAACGAGCGAUACCCCAACGCCAUCGAGGACGGCCGCACCUCGCUCAACUACAAAUUACAACUCUACCCCGAGGACUCGGAAAUCAUCGCCGAGGCGCACUACAAGCUCUCCCUCGCGCUGGAGUUUGCGUCGGUGACCACGGCCGACGACGAGGGCAAAAACGCCAAGCGCGAAGCCAUGGACCAGGGCCUCCGCGACGAGGCCAUCGAGGAGAUGGGCCUCGCCAUCAAGAGCUUCAAGCUCAAGAUGCAGAACAAGGAGGUCGAGGUGGCCGUCAUGGCGUCGCCCGAGGACAACGACCUCGCGCGAAAGGCCAUUGUCGAAAUGAAGGAGGUCCUCGCCGAUAUGGAACAGCGGGCAUGUCAAAGCUUCCCUCCUAGACGCGCCUGUUUGGUCGAUUUGAAAAAGGACCCCAUCGACGCCUCCGACCUCCUCGGCGGGCCGCAAGCCAACGCCUUGGGGGGUCUUUUCGGCGCCGCCCUGGGCGAGACCGCCGCCGAGACGAGGGCCCGUGUCGAGGAGGCCAAGAAGACAGCAAUCGACCUGACGGGCCUGGUGCGCAAGAAGAAGGUCAAGCAGGGAGAGGAGCCGGAGCCGGAGCCGGCGGCGCCCGCCACAAAUGGGAAGCGAAAAGCAGAGGAGGCAUCGGAGACCGCCGAGUCUCCUAAGAAGGCCAAGGUCGAGAAUGAGCCCGACGAGGUAAAGGAGUGA